AACCAAGAAACGCCGUGAGUCGGGUCAGAGCACCGAUACUUUCGACUCCCAUGUCAGAGGAACCCGCUGCAGAAAAGCCUUCGACGUCGGUCUUGAAGGAACGGCGCUUCAAGCUUAGCAGGGCCUGCGACCGAUGUCGUCGCCGGAGGAUCAAAUGUGACGAGGGACAUCCAUGUCAAGCAUGUCUUAACUCAAACUCUGCUUGCACUUUCGAGGAGCCGGGGAAGAGAAGUCACCCUCACAAGUCCAAGAGGACUGCGACCCUGGAGGAUAGGAUGCACCACUUGGAGAGUCUGAUACAGGCAAUCCCGCCGUCUGUCUUUGCUGCCGCAAUGGCUGCCUCAUCCUCCCAAACACCUCCCCCCGAUCCCCGAAAUAGCCCGCAUACCUCUUUUGCUUCAUCCACUCAUACUUAUCCCUCCGGCGUCCCCCCUAAUGCGUUUCCUCUCACUAAUCCGUCUACUCACUUCAUGCGCGGGCGGUCGGGUUCCAGACAGUCAAGUCCGAAUGACUCCCUUGGCUCUUUACUAGGACAUACGCCUCAACAACGCGCAAGGGCGAGCACCGUGACAUCAACUGAUGACCUAGUUGAGGAGACCGCUCGAAUGUCUCUAUCACCUUCGUAUCUCUAUCUGGACGAUGAAGGAUAUACGCGGUGGCAGGGAGAAACUUCGGGUAUGCCUCUUCUUGACCUGCUUGUUGAUCGUAGUGCGGCAGCGGUGCGGCGGGAAGAACGAGAGGCGAGUCCUCAAGCGUCAUGGAGUGACCGGAAGGACCAUAUCACGACGGAGGAUUGGUUCCCUGACCGAACUCCUCGGAGGACGGAUAUCAAUCCUGAGAUGCUAUGGAAACUUAUCACUUCUAUCAUAUCUCCGGACCUCAUGGACAGCCUUGUACAGUGCUAUCUAUCCACGUCCUAUUAUCUGCUCCCCUUUUUGCAUGUGCCAACAUUCCUUUCGGAUUACGGUAAUCCUCAAAAAUGGGGCGAGCCCGGCUUCGCGGCCUUCAUUGUAGCUAUAUGCUGCCUGUCGUCUCGACAUAUUGAUGACCCGCGUGUCCGAGCUGACCCCAACGAUGGCGUCUCCGCCGGUGUUCAAUGGUUUGAGUUAUUUGCCCGGCUACGGACGCUACCAACAGCCGACCGACCGACACUUUACACCAUUCAGGCCGUUCUAGUUGCUGGGGUGUACGCUGUCGGGCUUGGAAAGCUGUCCAGGGCGUUCGCAUUGCUUGCCGAGUCGAUUACCCUCUCCAUCGACGCUGGUCUGCACCGCUCUGCUGAUGCCUACGAUAUCUUCGAUCCUGUGGAGGAGGAAGUGCGAAAACGCACGUUCUGGAGCGUAUAUUUAUGGGAUAAACAAGCGUGCGCACACUUCGGCCGUCCGCCCAUGAUCAGACUCAGGGAUUGCGACGUAUCGGCCCCCGCAAAAGUGGACGACGAAUACAUCACCCGGGAAGGCAUCGGCGUGCAGCCCCCAGACGUCGAACCCCGCAUGAGCGCCUUCGGUAGCAUCAUCCAGAUGUUCAUCGUCCUGGAGUCUGUGCUUGACGCGCCCCCGUCUCACAAAUUCGGAGAACAAUGCGCGUUCAUGUCCCGAGUGACGUCCAUAUUAUCCGGGUUCAAGCGACCACGGGACAUGCGGGAUGAGGAGGCGCUGCUGGACGAGAUUUGCCGGAAUGUUCCACCUCAUUGGGCGCACUCCGUGGAGACGAUGGCGAGCGACGAUGUGAUCCGUGUAACACAGGCGGAACGGCUGCACUGUAUCGAGCAGUUCAUCCGCAUGUUGAUCCACCGGCAUCGGUUCUCGGAGCGUGUGGCGGAGCGGACGUACAAUGGGUCUGACGAAGAACAGAACGAGGAAGAGCUCGAGGCGAUGCGAGCAGCCCAUGCGUGUGCUCUGCAGAUUGUUUCGGCACACCUGCACGUUGCUACAAAAGGCCUGAUGACAUACUAUGGUGUCCAUGUUAUCCACCAGCUCACGCAGGCUGGGAGGACGCUUGUCGCUAUUUUGGUCAAUAGCCAUCAUGAUUCCAUGCGACCAUCAGUUGGCAGUGCUUUGGAUGCCUUGCGUUCAUGCGUUGGUCUGCUCAGGCGCUUCAGUGGGCGCUAUGUAUGCGGAAUGCGAUCAGGGGAUCUUAUGGAGGAGUUCUGUCGAUUAACUCAAAUCCCUCUGGACUCUCAAGCUCGAGCAGGAGAGGGAGGCAAUAACACACGGCCUCCUUGGAUAAGGCCAGUACGGAAGAAGACUCCGUCUACUGUGAGGUCGAAUGGCAGCUCCAGCGACACCCCAUCACAACACAACAGUCCCGAGGACUUCUCAUCGGAAAUGUUCAUCGAUGGAGUCUCUGGAAAUGGAACCGCCAUAGCCAAUGCUUUCUCUCCGAAAAAUGUCGGCUCCUCGGUACCGCGACAGGACACGCAGUCGCCCUACACAUUCCUGAACCCAAUGCCUGGGCGAAGUAGUGAUGCGUCCAUACCCAUGUCUCCGAACGACUUCAUGGCCUUGCUCAAUGAUGGAGGACUGGACAUGGCAUCGCUAUUCUCCUCACCCGCCGAGUUCACAUCCCCCGGAUUAAUGGCUGAAUCACCCACUGCGGCAGGCAGUGUCUAUGGCGCUCCCAUCUCACCAUCGACGAAUGGUAACGGCCUCAUGGGUGUCUUUCCACCGUGAAGUCGAAUUUGCGUCUGGAUUCAUCUGGUUUAGUCUGUUUUCCCUGAGUGUUUUUUUGGGGUCGCUUUGUCUGCAUCAUCUGUAGCUUCAUUCACGCGCCGUCAACCAUCAGCAUUGUUGUAUUUGUGGUAAUUAGCUCUCAUGAACAAGUUCGUCAGCAGUCACCUUCCGGACUGCCUCGGCCAGUGGCCUCACGCCGCGUACAUAUCUCGUGCUGUUACUGUACGCACUGAUGGAAACCGUGACAACAGUACUAGACCGUCUCCCGACUGCAAUCGUU